CAUUCAAGUUUAUCACACACUUAAGAAGGGAGUCUGGACAUUGGACUAUACAACUGAUACUUGCUCUUACUUGUGUACAAGUGUGCGUGCUGGAUGAACUCUGGGGAAGAUUUACACGUCAGUUUUAACUGUUUUAAAAGAUAUGGAAGGAAAAUAUCGAUAUAUCAUUUAUAUUUAUUUUAUAUUGGCUAUAUUAGCCUUACAAGCCAAGAGUGUACAUUAUGAAUUUGGUAAGACCUACAAGUAUACCUAUGAAACUACAGUCCUGUUUAAUGAAGACUCUGCUAAGAAAGAAUCUCGGGCGCAACAAGAUGUUGGACUUAGAAUGCGUAUGGAGUUUGAGUUCACUCCCUUGUUUGAAGGAGACGGAUCCCAGCUUGUUAGACUCCAGGUGAGUCAAGCAGCCUUGACAAGUCUUCACAGAGGCGGUAUGGAAGGACAGCUGCUGGACAUGGGCAAGUUUCCCCUGUACUUUGAGUACACAGACGGAGAGGUGGGCAGUGUGUGGUCUAUUGAAGGUGACUCAGUAUUCUGCACGAACAUCAAGAAGGGAAUCGUCUCCAUGUUCCAGGUGCAGAUGCAGGCUGGAGAAAGAACAGAGCUGGAUGUAUCGGGCGAAUGCAAGAUGGUUUAUAAGAUAUCAGGACCAACUAUCAUUAAACAGAAGCUUGACUGUGAGAACCUUGAAAUUGCUGGACAACAUUCCAAUGAAAAUGAGGUGUUUGGCAUCAAGUCUGUGAGCAGUUCUACCCUCACAUACCAGCUGGAAAACAAUGUUGUUCACAGCGUCAUGGGCUCCGACAGACAUGUUGCCUCCCUCAAUGUCAAGGCUACACUCAACUCUAUGGUGCUUGCUACACAGAAGCUGACGCUGUUGAGUACAGAGCCAAUGUCUGCAGGGGACAAACUGCCUGUGUCUGACAUGGAGGCCGCUGCAAACAUCAUAAAACAAGGCUCCAACUACCCUGUCCUAGACAUGCUUCUACCAAGCACACCUGAGACACAGCAAUGCACCCCAAACACCUGCAGAAAGCCCAAGGACAUCCUUAAAGAGGUCAAGGACAGUCUGGAGAGUUCAAAGGUCGGCAAAGUGGAGGCGGCCCAUGCCUUCCUGAAGCUUCUCAAGGCCUUCAGGACAUCUGGCAAGGACGCCAUUGCUGAGACCCUCACCUGUCCGGACAGUGCCUAUGUUGUCAAUCAGCUACUGGAUGUGGGCGUGGCAACACAGACCCCAGGGGCGCAACGAGCCAUGAUGGAGCUGCUGAACUUUGAGGAGCAGAAGAACCUUGUGUACCCCCUGCGUUACCUCCUAGGGGCCGCUUACACCACACAUCCCGGAGACUACCUCAUCAGAGACCUGAUGACCAUACUGAAAGACAAAGCCCCCAAUCCAUCAGUGAAAGGAGGUGUGGCCUUAGCACUGGGUGCAGUCAUAUACAGUUACUGUCGAAAUCCACAGCAGUGCCAGGAUAAGAUUGUCUCAGACUACCAGGAACUGAUUCUGUCCAAGUACAAGCAAUGUCCGACGGAGGACUGUCGCCUGUUGUACCUUCGCUCUAUGGGCAAUUCUGGCCUGCCCCAGUUCAUGGGCACCAUCUUUGAGGCUGUCCAAGAGAAAAACUCGAGUCCCAUGCAGGGUUUCACAUCUGUUCAAGCCCUAAGAAGAAUUCCGGAAAAAUUCCUUGGUGAUAAGGAGAAGCAGGCUCUGCUGAAGAUUUUCCACCAGACAGACCGUACCUACGACAGUUCUGUUCGUGCUUCUGCUGCUGAGUUGUUGCUAGGAUACAAUUCUUCUGUUGCCACGGUGAUCAAUAUAUUCUUGUCUGCGGUGAAGGACCAAAAACAGCAUGAACUUUCCACAUUCAUCUUGGGAAAAGUAGUGGAUAUGGCAAAAUAUAAUUCUAAACUCAGAACAACUUUACAAGAUGUGUUGAAGGAUUCGGUCCUAAACAACUACAAUCUCUGGGCCCAGAGGGGAAAAUCAAGUGCCUUCAGCAGUCUACUGGCCGAAACAUCAGAUGCCAAUGCCACGUAUGGUCUGUACAUGGAGAGUGCCAGGUCGGGGGUCAUGAAGAAGAGUGCCAUGGACGUGUCACUGGUCACACAGGACGCUGUUCAGAAACUGCUCAGUUUUGGUAUCUAUGCAUCUGGCCUGGAGUCCCUGUUGGGUCAAGAGAUGGACCCCAUGGACGCGGACCAGGAGGCCACAGCGGGGCUGGGACUCAAGAUCCUCGACGUUCUGCUACCCCCUGUUGAGUUCUUUAGAGGGUCCAGUGGUCUCAUGUCUGCUGUGUGGAAUGCGCCGUCAGAUCCUGUGUCAGCCUUGCAGGUGAGCUUCCUUCUACAAGAUCACAAUGAGCGAUUCCACCUGGCCAAUGGUCUGGUCGUAGAACUUGAGGUGCUAGGUGUGGUGUCUAUUGACUUGACAGGCAUGGUCAGCAUCUCUCUGUGGAACCGCAACUCAGAAUCUCUUAUACGAAACAGUGGAGCUAUGGUAAUAGAAGGAACCAUGAGCCUUACUUCAGAAAUCGGGAAAGCUGGAGCUGUAUUUACUGCUGAGGGGCAAUCUUACAUAGAUUUUGAAACUGAUGUUGACUUUUACAACACUCCAUUUAAAAUGUGUAUGCAGAUGAAAAGACCAAAGACAGCAUUUAGACAUACCCUGAAUAAGUACGAAAAGGCAACAAAGUUUGACAAGUCUUACAAGUCAAAGGUGGUUCGUGUCUCCCAUAUAGAUGGUUUAUCAUACUUCCUUAGUCAGAAAAAUUCAGAAGAAUGUAAAGCUCUACUAGCAAAUAAAUAAACAAUGAUUUACAUCAUUCCAGUGGAGAGUUUGCAGCCACUCAUUUAAGUGGUUUUCCAGGUGUUAUUUUGUAUCCAUGUUCAAAAUGUUCAUUCUCACAUUUCUUGUAUAACUUCAUAAUAAUCAUGAUACCUUAAACUGUGAUGGUGUCUAAAAUUUGUCUAAAAUAAUUGCAAUCAAAAUUUUUUAUAUACAAUUUAUUUUGAAAAUUGUGCACACUUAUUUCCUGUAAUCUUGUUGCCGUUCUCAUAGACAGAUAAAAAGGUGUUGCCAUUCAUACAUUUAGACUGGAUGUUUAGUUUUCUAUAGCUAGCUUUAUGACAGCUGCUGGAAUGCAUAGUAAUUUUCUGUUUACAGUUUUUGUUGAGACCUAAAUAAUAUAUGUGUUUAGUAUGUUUCUAAAACAUCACAGAUUCUAAUGAAGUUAGGAGAGUUGUAUGCAAUUAACAAUGUACCUAUUUGUUUGAAUUAUUUGUGUGUGAAGCAAUUUACUUUGUGCAAUCCCUAUAUGUGACUGGGAGGGUUUCCAGUGCUGUGCCAAAUACUAAAUGUCAGUGAUUAUCCAUACAUUUGUGAAAAUGUACUGCUGUUGAAUGCUAUGCAAUAAAUAUGCUCAAGAAACAAA